AUGGACGCUAAUUUGAAACAUAAUUUGCAAGGAGGACAGCUGUGGUAUGAAACUUUUCAAGACAUACCAGCUGGGACUGAACUGACAUUGGCUCCUAGAGAACCACUGAAUCUUCAAGAUAUGUUUGGCGACUCACCUUCAGCUGACGAACGAUCUGAUAGAGAAACAGCCUCCCAGCACAGUGGAACAGUUGAUGAACGUGAGGAAGACGAAGAAGACGGUGAAACAAGGUGUUACGUAUGCGAUCAAGUAUACACUGACAUAGAUAAAUUGGACGAACAUCUCAUUAGCAAACAUAACUACAGGAGGGACGAGUAUCAGUGUGAUUAUUGCCCUAGAGCUUAUUCAUACCGACCAUGUUUGAUAAAACAUCGGUCUAUCAAACAUGGUGAAACGAAGAAAUACCAUUGCGAAAACUGCCCUAAGGUUUUCACAGAUCCCAGUAACCUUCAAAGACAUAUCAGAACCCACCACGUUGGUGCAAGAUCUCACGCGUGCCCAGAAUGCGGAAAGACAUUCGCCACUUCUUCUGGAUUGAAACAGCAUACGCAUAUCCACUCUUCUGUCAAACCUUUUCAAUGUGAAGUCUGCUUCAAGGCCUAUACACAAUUUUCCAAUUUGUGUCGUCACAAACGUAUGCAUGCUGAUUGCCGAAUGCAGAUAAAAUGCGUCAAAUGUGGACAGUCCUUUUCAACAGUAACAUCACUUUCUAAACACAAGAGGUUUUGUGACUCUACUACACCCUCGUCUUUGUCAUCACAAGGUCAACUACCACUUAGCCCGAUGGCUGGAACCAAUCCAUUUUCCCUGUACAGAUCUCCUGGCGUUCCUCUGCCAUUUCCAUUUCCCCAUCAGUUUCAUUCUUAUCAUCAACUUUUUCCAUCUAACCCAGUUAUCCCUUCACUAUUUUUCAAUCAACUACCAAAGAUCAACUCCGCAGAAGAACAUACGCCUUCGAAGAGGAUGAGAUUGGGCAGUGAGGGAUUAUCUCCGAAGUUAGAGAGACUCUCACCAAGAGAAAGAUUAUCACCUAAACAGGAGAGACUUACUCCUUCUAGAGAACAUACUUUCAUGUCCAAGAUGAGUCCUCCCAAAGCUGUAGAGGCGAACAUAACUGCCUCACCCGAAAGACCCAACAUAUUUAAACAUAAAGAACAAAUCAGAGUGGAGAUUCCAGUGGAUGAUGAUAUUCCGAAAGAUUUGUCAAAACAAUCUUCCAGUUCAUCAUCUUCAAGUAGCGACGAGGCUGAUCAACCACUUGAUCUGAGUGGCUGGAAAGAAUCCAGAGUGACUACCCAAAACAGAGAAGAAAACAUUGAGAGACAAUCUUCGACACCAUCCGAAUCGAUCAAAGAAGAGAAGAUUGAGGUCGUUGCUAUAGAUGAACAAAAUAAAUCACCAGCUGAGAGAGUGUCUGCGCCACCUACUAUGGCAUAUCCUAGACCACUACAUCCAUUGAUGAUGACCGAUGCUAGAAACUUCUCUUACAAUUAUCCAUCAGCCCAAAAUAAUGAAAGAUCUUUCAUGGGCAUUGUCACAUCUGGUACACCUGAAUAUUACAACACGAGGGUCUAUUCUCCACCUUCCACUAAUGACAUCGACGUCGUUGGAAAGGAUGAAGAAGAUUCAGAAUCUUAUUCAGAGAUCGUGGAUGAUUAUUUGUCACAAAAAUCCAAUUUCGAUCACAAAUUAAGAACGGACAAGGAAAAACGUCUAAACAAUAAUGAUCAGGCCAUAGAGGUAUUCUCAACUGAGUUACCGCAACAUUUUGAAGAAGACAAGGGAUAUAUAGAGUUAUCACCAGUGAACAUUCUUCAAGCUUGCAAUAAUAGUAGAAUUAUUGACAAUGAGUCGACCUUUAUUCAUCAAGACAGUCCGAUUUAUGUGGAUACAAAUAUUAUCGAUAAGGAAACUUUCGAUAUACGUAUUGCAGAGAAGUUCCACAUUGAUUAUAGUACGGGAGAUAUAAUUAGUACAGGAGUUUUGACUGAAAAUUGUAUCAGUGAGCCAGAGGUAUACGAAGUUGAUACGGAUGGUGUUCUACAAAAGUACAUCGAGCAAAAACAAAAUGGAAAUGACAGUAUUCCUCUUCAAGAAGCGUCAGAGUAUUCCCAAAUUGAAAACAGAGAUUUUGAGGGAGAUAAGUAUAAAAAUCCUAACGAGGAAUUCAUACAUCUCGUAGAAUCCGAAAUUGGAGUCCAUAAUGAAGAUUUCAAUGAAUCAGGAAUGAAUCAAGCAUCAAUUGAGGGUAGUGUGAAUUCUGAAAGUUCUAUGGUUCGGAGUUACAAUGAUGAUGACCUCAUAGAUGAUUUGGAUACUAGAGCUGGAAGCAUUGCUAAUUCAGAUGAUUCGAAUGAGACUUUGGAAGCGAUUAGACAAAGGAUUCGAAGGAAUUUGUUGUUGACAAUGAAUCAAAAUAUUGAUGAAAUUGAUGUUAGCAAUAAAGAGAACUUCGAUGUUUCUGAGUCUUCUCGGAAAUCACGUAAACGAAAAAGAAAUCAAAACUCAUGGCAAAGAGAACAACUGAAGCAAAAAAGAAACUCUGGACAAGCCUAUAUCACAUCUAAAAACAGACGCAAGGUAUCUGAGAGAAGCCUAAAGUCAACAUGUGGAGAAACGUGUCGGUAUAAAUGUAAUGAAGUUUUCACUUCAGCUGAUAGGAAAUCAAUCUUAAAAAGCUUCUGGGAAAUUGGACAAAAUACACAGCAGAGGCAAUACAUCUCCUCUAAUAUUGUAGAUGUCAACCCAAAAUUCAGAUAUCCGAAAGAUAAUACAAACAGAUCGAUCAACCAAGCCUACCAUUUAGCUAAGAAUAAUAAACAAGUUCGUGUUUGCAAAAAAUUCUUCAUGGCUACAUUGGAUAUUGGAGACACUAUGAUACGUUCAACGUUGAAGAAAAGAGGUUCAAAUGGCAUUAUUCAACCUGAUCAGCGUGGUAAACAUAAUAAUCGGAAAAAGUUGGAUCCUGCUUUGAAAGAUUCAAUAAGAAAUCAUAUAGAUUCAAUUCCAAGAAUUGAAUCGCAUUAUUUGAGAAAUCAAACAAAAAGGGAAUAUUUUGAAGGUUGUCUCAAUAUAACAACCCUUUAUCGACUUUAUAAAGAGAAAUGCAUUGCAUCUGGGACUUCUUUUGCUAAAAAAAGUGCAUAUGAACAGAUUUUCAAUUAUGAGUAUAACAUAGGGUUCCAUAAACCAAAGAAAGACCAAUGUAGUACCUGUGAAAGUUAUAAAAACUCCAAUGAUAAAGAUCGAUCUGUUUUGGAGGACAGUUAUAGAAAACAUUUACGAGAUAAAGAACUGUCUAGGGAAGAGAAAGCAAGAGAUGUGAAAACAGCAACUGAAAAUGAGAAAACAAGAGUUGUUGCUGUUUACGAUCUCCAAGCAGUACUUGCUACUCCUUCAGGAGAUGUUUCUAGUUUUUAUUAUAAGAGCAAAUUAGCAACUUACAAUUUCACGAUAUUUGACAUACCUCACAAAAAUGGUUACUGCUAUGUUUGGAGUGAAAAUUGUGCGAAGCGUGGUGCAAACGAAAUUGGAACCUGUGUCCUCAGCUUCAUAAGAAAAUACUGUGACGGUAAAAGCAUUGUGUUUUAUUCCGACAAUUGCGCCGGACAGAAUAAGAAUAAGUUUAUAGCUGCAAUGUACUCAUUUGCUGUAUCGAAUUUCAAUAUUCCCAUCAUCACUCACAAAUUUCUCAUAACAGGCCACACUCAGAAUGAGGGGGAUAGUAUGCAUUCCUGUAUAGAGCGUGAGAAAAAACGAAUUCUGAAGAGUGGUCCAAUUUUUGUACCAUCACAGUGGAUACCAGUGAUACGAUUGGCAAAAAAAAACAAUAAUCCAUAUGAAGUUGAAGAAAUUGAUACUUUCGAUAUUUACGAUUUCAAAAAACUCUCAUCGGAGAUCGGCAAUAACUAUAACAUCAAUAUAAAGAACGAAAAGGUCCUCUGGAGCGAGAUAAAAAUACUGGAGUUUAGAAAAAGUGCUCCUUUCACAAUAUUCUAUAAAACAGAAUACACGAAUGAAGCAUUCCAAGAAAUUGAUGUGAGGGGAAGAAAAAGCCACAGGACUACCAAUAAGAAUAGCCCUUCCUUGGUGAAGGCAUACGUUGAACCUCCGAAAAUAUCGAAAGAAAAGAAACAAGGUCUGGUGUCUCUGUGUAAAGAAAAUUUGAUAAAAAAUCAAUAUCACGCAUUUUAUGAAAAUUUAUCUUGCGAUUAG